AUCAAUCGCAAAACAAACAUCGACCCAGCACAAGUAUUCUCUCGGUCACUCUCUUAUCUCUCUUACCCUCUCUCCAUCUCAUAUUCAUAACAUAAGGGAUCUUUUAAUACAUGGUUUUUUUAUCUAUAUAUACCGUACGCCUGUUUACAAACUGGACUCUCUAAUAUACUAUCAUUUGAUUAUUUCUAUGAAAUUCUAAACUCGUUGAGUAUAUAUAUGUACACGUAACUAUACAUAGCUAGGACCAUCGUUAUGUGGAAGUUGAAGAUAGGAGAGGGAAAUGGAGAAGAUCCUUACUUGUUCAGCAGCAACAACUUCGUCGGACGUCAAACAUGGGAGUUUGAUCCCAAAGCCGGCACACCUGAGGAACGAGCCGCCGUCGAAGAUGCUCGCCGGAACUAUUUAGACAACCGUCCCCGUGUUAAAGGUUGCAGUGAUCUCUUGUGGCGAAUGCAAUUUUUGAAAGAGGCGAAAUUCGAGCAAGUGAUCCCGCCGGUGAAGAUCGACGACGGCGAAGGCAUAACUUACAAAAACGCGACGGAUGCGUUACGGAGAGCAGUUUCUUUCUACUCGGCUUUGCAGUCCUCCGAUGGCCACUGGCCGGCGGAAAUCACCGGAACUCUCUUCUUCCUUCCUCCAUUGGUAUUUUGUUUCUAUAUCACAGGACACCUCGAGAAGAUAUUUGAUGCAGAACAUCGCAAAGAGAUGCUUCGGCAUAUCUAUUGCCACCAGAACGAAGACGGUGGAUGGGGUUUACAUAUUGAGGGAAAGAGCGUUAUGUUCUGCACCGUACUGAAUUACAUAUGCUUGCGUAUGCUCGGAGAAGGUCCCAAUGGAGGGCGCAAUAACGCCUGCAAACGGGCCAGGCAAUGGAUUCUUGACCAUGGUGGUGUGACUUAUAUUCCUUCUUGGGGAAAAAUUUGGCUCUCGAUACUCGGAAUCUAUGAUUGGUCUGGAACCAACCCAAUGCCUCCCGAGAUUUGGUUGCUGCCUUCUUUCUUUCCAAUACACUUAGGAAAAACUUUGUGUUAUACCCGGAUGGUUUAUAUGCCCAUGUCUUAUCUAUAUGGGAAACGAUUUGUUGGUCCUCUUACACCUCUUAUUAUGCUAUUGCGCAAAGAACUGCACUUGCAACCUUAUGAGGAAAUCAAUUGGAACAAAGCGCGCCGUCUAUGUGCAAAAGAAGACAUGAUUUAUCCUCAUCCUCUGGUUCAAGAUUUGUUAUGGGACACUCUUCACAAUUUUGUGGAGCCUAUCCUUACAAAUUGGCCGUUAAAAAAACUUGUACGGGAAAAGGCUCUUCGAGUGGCAAUGGAACACAUACAUUAUGAGGACGAAAAUAGCCAUUAUAUUACCAUCGGAUGUGUUGAGAAGGUUCUGUGCAUGCUUGCUUGCUGGAUCGAGAAUCCUAAUGGAGAUCACUUUAAGAAACAUCUCGCUAGAAUUCCGGACUUCAUGUGGGUUGCUGAAGACGGACUGAAAAUGCAGAGCUUUGGAAGUCAACUCUGGGACACAGUUUUUGCGAUUCAAGCUUUACUUGCUUGUGACCUUUCUGACGAAACUGAUGAUGUACUCAGGAAAGGACACAGUUUCAUCAAAAAAUCCCAGGUUAGAGAAAACCCUUCAGGUGACUUUAAGAGCAUGUAUCGCCAUAUUUCCAAAGGAGCCUGGACUCUGUCCGAUCGAGAUCAUGGAUGGCAAGUCUCAGAUUGUACAGCUGAAGCUUUGAAGUGUUGCAUGCUGCUCUCCAUGAUGCCAGCUGAGGUCGUUGGCCAGAAAAUAGAUCCUGAACAAUUAUAUGAUUCUGUUAAUCUCUUGCUAUCGUUGCAGGGUGAAAAAGGAGGUUUGACUGCAUGGGAGCCUGUCCGUGCACAAGAAUGGCUGGAAUUGCUCAAUCCCACAGAUUUCUUUACUUGUGUUAUGGCUGAACGCGAGUAUGUAGAAUGUACCUCAGCUGUUAUACAAGCUUUGGUACUGUUCAAACAACUUUAUCCGGAUCACAGGACAAAAGAGAUCAUCAAGUCGAUUGAGAAAGGGGUGCAAUUCAUUGAAAGCAAACAAACGCCUGAUGGUUCAUGGCAUGGAAACUGGGGUAUCUGUUUCAUCUACGCUACUUGGUUUGCUCUGAGCGGCCUAGCAGCCGCUGGUAAAACUUACAAAAGUUGCCUGGCUGUGCGCAAAGGUGUAGAUUUCCUGCUUGCGAUACAGGAAGAAGAUGGAGGUUGGGGCGAAAGCCAUCUGUCAUGCCCUGAGCAGAGAUACAUACCAUUAGAAGGGAACAGAUCAAACCUAGUGCAAACCGCAUGGGCUAUGAUGGGUUUGAUUCAUGCCGGACAGGCCGAGAGAGAUCCUACACCUCUUCACCGUGCUGCGAAACUUAUCAUCACUUCACAACUUGAAAAUGGGGACUUUCCGCAACAGGUAAGUUUCAAACAUCCCCUUUUCGAUCGAUAUAUGAAUAUCUCCUGAAGCAUACAUAAGUUUUGAGAUUUAGAAUAAUGUUACCUCCUUUAUCGUACCUUUCUAUUGCCUAGUACUUCAUACUCUGUAAUAAUAAAAAUCAGAUCGAAUAUUGAUGUCAUGGACCUGAACUCACUUUUCUUGUUUCUAACGAUAGUAAAUAUAAAAUUGAUGUGUAUAUGUAAUGAGUUUAAUUAUUCUUUGUUAUUGUCGUGUCUUUGCAGGAAAUAUUAGGAGUGUUCAUGAAUACAUGCAUGCUACACUAUGCUACGUACAGAAACAUCUUCCCACUAUGGGCACUCGCGGAAUAUCGGAAAGCUGCCUUCGCAACUCAUCAAGAUCUUUAGCUCUUUCUUAAUAGUCAAUCUUUAAAAGAGAUUUGGCUCUUCUUUAAUAAUAUUAUACACAAUUCUGUAGAUAUGAAAGACAAAAUAAUAUUAUUAGGAGACUUGAUGUUCUUAAUCUGAGAGACUGGGGUUGAGAUUUGCGUUAAGCAAAAUGUCAGGAGAUUUGAUGUUCUUUUGCAUUAAAGACGGUGAACAGUUAUGAUCACAAGAAAGGUAAUGAAAGACUGUUUUGUUUUCGUUUGUGUUUUUGUCUAUCUAAGAACAUAAUCGAUGGCUCCAGUGGUUCCCAAGACAGAAUUUUUUUUUUCAUUAGUAUAUUUCUAAUUAAUCAAGAGUUGAAACAUACACGGAUAGAGCUUCCUGAGAAUCAGCUGACACAUUUGCUG